CGCGAGGGGAAAGUGUUGGAUUUUUGUGUCCUUCUCCAUGUGAGAUGUUCACAUCACACACUCCGCAUCCCAAUCAGCCGCGAGCCGUUGAUUAGUCAAGUUUGUUUGUGCGCAUCUUUCAGUAGUUUUGAGAGAUGUCCUUGGACAGACGUCCUUUUGUUCUAGCGGACCGCUCGGGGCUUAUGGAGGCAGCGCCUGCUUUCAUCCUGGCAUUAACACAGAGCUUCGACCUUGACCUGACUGAUAUGACCCGAAAGCUUUUAAGUAACUCUCUAAAACAGGAUUCAGUCAUGUGACACCGUGUUGAAGGGCUUAUGUGGCGCACUCACACUUGACUACAGGUUUGGGUUCCCGUGUGGCCACAUCUGAGAUCAGAAGAGCAAACGGCGUUUGGUUUCUCCCAGAAUAACUCCCAAAUAUAGAGUGUUUGCUUCAUCGGGACCGACAAAUCUGUGUGGAUCAGCCGUGUGGAUUUUCUCAUGCACGACGAUGGCAGCUGGGUUGUCGUACUUUACAUUACAAAUGCCCUCUAGUCCUGUAUGUAAAACCUUUUGACUGAAGAGAAACGAAAUCCAAAAAGCGCUACUGGAGUUCUCUGCUCUCAUCAUUUAUGGCACAGAUCUAAGACAUUUUCAGAAGUUGUAAAACACCACAUCAGGGCAUCCUGCUGUUGAACAUGACUCAUGGGGUGGAGUCUGGCCCUGAAACUCACCAGGAUUCUGCUGCUUUAACAUAUCUGGAAGGUUUGCUAAUGCAUCCGGUCACCACUGGGCCUGCUGCCACUGCCACACAGAGAUCAGAACCGGUUCAAAACACCGUGGAGAAUGCCAACAGGGUGACUAGGGUGUUUCAGCUCCCCAGUCGUGGCUCCCCCUUGCCAGACAAGGGUAGACCACCUAGUGCUGCCUCACAGCACCUUAAAAAAGCCAGACUGCUUCGCUCGGGAGCGUGGAAUGAAGACGACGGCCAGAAACGAUCAGGCGCCGUGGUGGACGCGAACGGACAGAGAAGGGAGCACUACGAUGGCUCCACGCAGGGAGAGAGCACCUUGCUGGCUUCUCUGCUCCAGUCCUUCAGCUCUCGGCUACAGAGUGUCGCCUUGUCCCAGCACAUUUCUCAAAGCCACAAAUCGCUCGACAGGGAGAGCAGUGAAAGUGCUCCUGUUGGUAAGGAAACCUACCAGAGUUACGGCACAGCGUCAGGCCGCCUAAAAAGCCUCAUGAGGAAAAGCAAGCACCAGAAACAGACCGUGCCUUACUGUGAUUCUCCUCACUCCUCUGCCCAGCCCUCCAGCUCAGAAUCACUGUCCUGCACAGAGCGACUCAAGGCUGUUGCCAACAUAGUGCGGACCAGGACCAGUCCGGCCCCUUCACCCAAGCCCAGUGUCGCUUGCAGCCAGCUGGCCUUGUUGCUGUCCAGCGAGGCUCAUCUACAGCAGUACUCCAGAGAACAGGCCUUAAAAGCACAAUUAACCAGUCGAUCAGCCAGCGAGAGGUUAGCGGCCAUAGCUACUCAAACGCAGGACAAGAGGCAACCAACACCCACCUCGGACAUGCUAAGCUCCUUAAAUGUUCAAAAUGGGACACUCCCCAGCAAAAGAAGCCCUUCCCUUUCCUCACCCACCAUGAGACCCCCCAAAGAGAGGCGGCCCUUCGACAGACAGGGUCGGCCGCCGCAGAACUGCAGCAGUCUGUUGCUUCUGCUUCUCAACAACCACAACUCCCAGCAGCAGCUCACCAGAAACGGACACCUGGAGGACGAGCCGAGCCGGGCCUCCUCCCUGCAUUCGGACAGCGAGUACUCCAACCAGGAUAACAGCCUGACCAAAGACAGCAGUGAUGCCGAGAGUUUCUCCAGCUGUUCCCCCAUCGACCUCUCCAUGAAAAGCAGAGGGCCUAGCCAAUCAUCCGAGCCCCCCUCGGAGUCUCUCGUAAACAAAUGGCCGAUGGUCCCUGAGGCCACCGAUCUGGAGACCAGCCCAGACAUGAAAUCCCACGAUAAGGUCACUCUAAUGCAGUUACUGCUGGACCACAGAAGGCAUAACAAAAGUUCAGAUAGUCCUGGUUUGCGGCCUGACUCGAUUAUCGGCAACUUGACCACAAAACGGAUUGGCACACCUGAGGACAGCAGAACACUGAGUCCUCUGCACCGGCAUACGGCUGCCUUCACCUCGGCCUCCCCUUCGUACUCCUUCCCCUCGCCUCAUGCCCAGUCCAGUCCACUAGAUCUGUGUAAGUCGAGUGAAAAGAUGGUGGAGCCUCCUUUCAGUGCCAGCAAGCUCCUACAGAAUCUAGCCCAGAGUGGUAUAAAGAACUUGUCACCUUCUCCCCCUCCUUUACACUCUCAAAUAGUGACGAGCAGAAGGCAAAGCCCAGAACUUGAGCUUGACAAGCCUCAGGCCCUCUUGGAUCGACUCGUCGUUCCGAACAAGCGGACUAAAGGUUCUUCACCUCACAAAUGCAACCAAUCACCCUCGUCGUCAACACAGAUUGAAAAUCUACUAGAGAAGCGCACUGUCCUGCAGCUUCUGCUGGGAACGGCUCCCCAGAAAGAAGGAACCAGUGGGCACAGAUUCGAAAGAUUUGAAGUAACCUCAGGGAGGCUGGAGAAGCCUCAGACCGAAGCCUCAAACGAGCCUUCUCUGGAGUGCAAGAUCAAAACAGAGCCAGUAGAGGAGAAUUUUUCAUCAGACAGCUCUAAUGAUGGGGUGUACCAUCGGAGACGAUCAUCACAACAACACUCGCCCGUUGCUGAAGCACAGGACGCGACAAAACCCGAGUUGUGUCCUACAGAAACCGCUGCUAAAUUUGGGCUUCUCAGCCAGCUUUUGAAACAACAGAAUGCUACCUACCAUUCAAACCCACACAGGAACUCUGUAAAAGUGGAGCCAAUGGAUUUUCAGAGUCCCGUCCCUAAAAAAAGAAAACUGACAGAGUGCCUAAGUAGUGAACUUUGUCAGUCGUCUGGAAAACCUGAAAUGAAUGGUAGAGGCCUUGUAAUACCAAAAGAGGAAGAUGUAGUUGGGAGUCCCAAGAGCAAAACUCCUCUCUCCAGAGAAAGCCAAGGCUUCAACGUUCUCAAGCAGCUCCUCCUGUCGGAGAACUGUCUGAAGGAGCUGUCCCAGCCAAGAGGGACAUCCCAGACCCCGAGUCCUUUCAUCCCUCAGGCAAACUGUGCAGCCAACGGGAACUUAUCCCCUUACGAGUUGUCAAACUUGCCAUGGUACCCGUAUUCUCUUCCCAAAACGGCCCCCACACCUGUUGAUACCACGUUAGUUUGGGCUAAAUCCUCUCCCGUAGCCAGUCCUAAACCACCCGAGGGGUCUCCUGGAGGAACUUUUAGCCGGGAGGAGAGAUCCAGUCAAGGCUCACCCCCUUUAACCAGGUCUAACCCGAUUCUUUACUACAUGCUUCAGCGGGGAAACGGUCAGCUCAGAGCUGAGAUCCAGGAUCAGGGGCAGCCGGCCCACUGCGUCACGAGUGCAAAAGUGGAGCCGUACAAUGACUAUGAGCACAGGAUCAACUGACCGAGAGAAGACCGCCUAAACGCUUCCGUGGACAAAUGGUAGAUGUGAACUACCAAAGAACUGCAUGUACGGUUAUUUUUUUUAUUUUCACAUCGUGAUUCUCCAUUUGCAUACACAUCUUUGAAUGUUUUUUUUUUGGAUGUAUGCUAAGCUAAAUUCUCUGUUCAGCACAACCACAAAAAGCUUUUUCUCCUUCCACAAGUGAAAUAUUUAUGAAGAACAUCCAAUUCCGUGUAUUAUUGAUGAAUCCAGAAACGUUACUGCUAAUUUCACACUAUAUUUAUCUACAGCCAAAUCAGGAUGCUUUUCGUUUUACUGAGACGUGUAAAAUUGUACAGUCGAAGCACAAUAUUGGAUUUGAAAUGUCCAUUUAUAAAGUCUAUUUUCUUACAGCAGAACGGCAGUGUAAUCUAUCAGGUAUCUUUCUUGUAAAGGUCAAGAAGGGUUUCACAUGUGAUCGAAAGGUAACGUUCCUGAAGUCAGAUUUACCGUGCUUUAUUUUUCAUCUGGAAUGAAACUAUAGCUGUUAUGUGGUGAUAAUGAUGGCAUGAUGUUUAAAAAAAAUCAAAAAAAUCUGAGUGUCAUAUUUUUAGCCAAUGAAAUGUACCUUUUUACAAUUUUGUAUCAUUUGUUGUUUUGUAUCUUAUCUAAAUCCCCUAUAAUGUAGCAUUCACACAUUUACGGUGUUGACAGGAAGUUGAAUAUUGAAAGAGAUUAUACCAUGAGGGUUGUUUCAGGACACUGUGUGAAUCAGACACUCGGAUUGGAAUUCACUUUGAUACUUUAGUGUUUUAUGUUCACUUUAUUUGAUUGAAAUAAUGUUGUUUUUUUUUUCAGAUAGGCCCAUCACUCGAGUCUUAAACAUUAAACUAGAAAAGAAAUUCACAGAUUUUAUUCCACAUUCUCUGUACGAUUUUGACAAUGAUUAGAUGCAUUUAUGUAAAUAUUGCUUUCAAGAUUACUAUUUUGUAUUGUUCAAGACAUAAAAUAUCAGUUUUUAACGUCUUGCGGUGUACAUACUGUAUGAAAACUGUAAUAAUGUACAUAGGGUACUGGAGGAUGAUGCUUUUCUGCAUGUGUAUGUUGUGCUAACGAUAAUCUUUGUUCAUCUACUGCUCUGUUCGAGGCUCUGCCUGUAGCAUGCUGUGUGCAUGGGGAGUCCCUGUGUUAUGGGGAAAUGUCAAGUCUUAAAAUAGAUGCUUUUAUCAUGGAGAGAUGGGUACUUAAACCAUAAUCUGUCUGCAAAUGCAGUCCUAAACUGUUGAGCCUGUGCUCAAACCUGAGGAAAGUGUGCGUAAUUGUUUCUUUUUUCUGAAUGGUUUUGUUCGUUGACUAAAAAAACAACAUCGUUUAAUUUAGAGUCUCUCAUCAAUGUUGUGGCUCUGCAUUGUGAAAAAAAAAAAACUUCAUAUACUCCUAUGUUGACUGGAGACUUUUAGUUUUCUUAUUUUCUGUCUUCUUUGGUGUUUAUUUGCACUGAUAGCAUAAUAAAAUAUUGAAAUGCACAGAA